AUGGAAAGAAAAAAUCGCUGUUGCAUUGCAACAUGCAAAGGUGAACGCUUCGACUUAGCUCACAAGUUUCCCCGAUCUCAGGAAGUAGCAGACUCUUGGCUCCAAGCUAUCGAUAAUCCUAAUUUAAGGACCAUACAUUUAAGAAAACUAAAUGAAAGCUAUCAAAAUUUAAAUCAAUUGCACUUGGCUAGAGAUUCAACUCCUCGUGAAGUCGAAAAUUCUCCUUUAAACUUGAAAAAUUUCAAUCAAAUGGAAAUAGGUUGUGAGUUAAUUGCUCGUGAAACUCAAGCUCUUCCUUUGAAUUUGGAAAAUUCGAAUCAUGCGGACGUACCUAAUGAUUCAAUUCAAAAUGAAACCGAAACGUUAUUAGAGAUCGAAAAUGACCAAUUAAAUAUAACAUUUGAGGAAAAUAAACCAACUAACGAGGCUAUUGAUGAGGAAAAACAUAAUUCGGCGGAUAACAUAGAAUACGUUGAAGUAACUUCUGACGAAAUGGAUCUAGAUUCUAUAAACACUCAAUUGGAUCCUGAUGGGGAGAAAAAUACAUUCAAGGUUAUAGAUUACACAACAAGUUUAGAAAUACUACAUUCCAAUUAUGAAAAGCCAUUCAAUUUGGAUGCAUUUUGGCUGCGAUGUCAUUGCCAAUGCUCCGAAUGUUUCGAUUCAGAAACGAAAAGAAAAAAAUUUAGUCCCCUGGACAUACCCAUCUAUAUUCAAACAAAAGAAAUAAUUGAAGGUGUAACUGAAGAUAGUUUUCUUGUAGAAUGGGAGGAUGGUCACUGUUCCACAUACAAUAUUGAGUUCCUAUUACAAAUCGAUGUUACAAAGAAAAGGUGUUUUUUGAAGAAACUUCCGUUUAACUCGAAUACAUUUCAGAAACCUCCACAAAUUGAUUUUAUUAAUUUGGUGUCAUUUGAUGAUAGAAUAGCCAAGACUUUUAAAAAUCUGAUUUUACAUGGAUUCAUUUGUGUGACAGGAAUUUCAAUACAGAACACUUCAAUGGCCAAACUAAUCAUUGAAAGAUUGUUUCCAAAUCAGCAGGCUAUAAACUUCCAACCGUUCGAUGAAAUUCACUCAGACAUCUGCACAAAUCUCACAUGCGCCAAUUUUGAUUGUGGUUUGAAAUUCUUCUUUGUUACUCAAAAAUCAAAAAUUAUUUUAGUCGAUGGUCAGAAUAUUAUAGAAGAGCUCAAACAAUUUGAUAUGCAUGCCUUCCAAUUGCUCACAAGUACCUCGGUCCCUAUCAACAUUCGGGACAAUAAUGUUUACCAUGAAAAAUCUACACCCAUUAUCGAAAUAGAAAAUGAAAUAGAAGGAAAUUUAAAAAUUCAAUUGGAUAUGCAAACAUUUGGCAUGCUAAAUAUAUUGCCACAAGACAAAAUUGCAAACUUUUAUCAUAGUUUGGAACAGUUAAUGACUAUUAUAAGAAAAAAUAAAAAUCAAAUCAUUUUAACUUUAGAACCAGGAACAAUGAUAAUUCUAGAUAAUUGGAGAGUUUUGCAUAAGAUGUGUAGUAAUCUGGGAAUACAACAGUGUUAUUUAAGCAGAAACGAUUACAUUGGUCGUUCAAGGUAUUUAGAACUUUUGUAA